AUGUCAUUUUGUUUUGAGGCAGAUAGGCUGGGGCCUCCUGUAGAUAUACUACUGGAUUCACUGAAUUGCACAGCUUUCAGCGUGCAAUGGAGAAUGCCAAAGCAACAUGCAAGCACCGUCACAGGAUAUACAGUCUUUUACGCGGAGGUUGAAGAGGGCAAAACAGUCAAACCACUUUCCCAUGACGUUCCCCUGAGUCUGGAUAUGCUUAGCAUGGGUCAUCUUGAAGGACAAGCAGUUUUUGAAGUUGUUAUUGGUGAUUUAAAACCGGGCACUACACAUCGUGUUAGUGUUGGAGCAUAUGGUUGGGCAGGAAAAGGAAGACCCAGCAUACCCAGACACGUAACCACCUUAUCUCCAGGUAAGUGCAUGCCCCCUGCACCACCCUACCAGCCCCAGAUUGUUGUUGUUUCUGAUUCCGAAGUCGCACUGUCCUGGAAACCUGGAGUCAGUGAAGGAAGUUCUCCAAGCCAGUACUAUAUGGUGGAAUUUAUCAGGCCAGAUCUUGACAGCAAUUGGACAGUAAUAAGGGAGCAGAUCCAGAUGGAGUCCAUGGUUCUCAAGGGGCUUCUCCCAAAUACCAAAUAUCAGUUUGCCAUUCGAGCAGCAAAUUCCUAUGGAUCCAGCCUCCCCAGCACACCAAGCGAUGUCGUCCGCACAUUCAGCUCUGAAGAACUAGGAAGUGGAAGCUAUGGGCAUCGAUAUGUCACAGGCACAUUAAUUGGUGAUGAUGAAGGUUUUGAUAUUGAUGAUUCAGACUAUGACAUUUACAUAGAAGAGUUCAGACCACUCCCUGCUAUUAAAGGAGGCAACAGAAAAUUUCUCGUUGAAACCAAGGUUACUCCAGGGUCCAGUUCAAGGCUCCUUUCGAGGCUCCUUACAACCACCUCAGAACCCACGACAUCCACUCCUACAACCACACGACCUGUCCCUUCUACCACGCUGAAGACUACUACAACUAGGACAUUGAGGAGGAACAGUGUGUCUUCAGUAGCACGCUUCUUUGAUCUGUCCUGUGAUGAGACCAUCUGUUCUACAGACAGCUUCUGUGUCAAUGACUAUGACCGAGGUGGCUCACGUUGUCACUGUAACUUGGGAAAAGGAGGAGAUGCUUGCACAGAAGAUAUUAUUAUCCAGUAUCCUCAGUUCUCUGGUUACUCAUAUAUCACCUUUGAACCACUGAAAAACUCCUAUCAGACAUUUCAAAUUACCCUUGAAUUUAGGGCAGAAUCAGAAGAUGGUUUGCUGCUGUACUGUGGAGAAAAUGAACAUGGUCGUGGUGAUUUUAUGUCAUUAGCAAUUAUCCGACGCAACCUCCAGUUCAGGUUCAACUGUGGCACUGGAGUUGCAACCAUAACAAGUGAAAACAAAAUCAAACUGGGAAACUGGCAUAGUGUCACGGUGUUCAGAGAUGGGGUGAACGGCUGGCUCAAGAUGGACAAUGAUGCUCCAGUCACAGGCAAAUCUCAGGGCCAAUAUAGUAAAAUUACAUUCCGGACUCCGUUCUACGUUGGUGGUGCCCCCAGCGUGUAUUGGCUGGUCAGAGCAGCUGGCACCAACCGUGGCUUCCAGGGCUGCGUUCAAAGCCUCAGUGUCAAUGGGAAGGUCGUUGAUAUGAGACCCUGGCCACUGGGGAGAGCACUAAGCGGAGCUGAUGUAGGUGAAUGUAGCAGUGGAAUUUGUGAUGAAGCUUCCUGUAUCAACAGUGGUACCUGUACUGCAAGCAAAGCUGAUUCCUAUAUUUGCCUUUGCCCUCUUGGAUUUAAAGGCCAUCACUGUGAAGAAGCAAUCACCUUGGCUAUACCUCAGUUCAACGAAUCCCUGAUGUCAUUUGCUAGCACACCCUGGCCCUUGGAACCCCAGAACUACCUUUCCUUCAUGGAGUUUGAGGUGACAUUUCGUCCAGAUGUAGAGAGCGGUGUCCUUUUGUAUAGCUACGACUCACGCAGCAAGGACUUCCUCUCCAUUAACAUGGUGGCUGGUUAUGUGGAGUUCAGGUUCGACUGCGGCUCAGGAACGGCUGUCAUCAGGAGUGAAGAACCUGUCAGUUUGGGUCAAUGGCAUGAGAUACGAGUGUCUCGCACAGCGAAGAAUGGUAUCCUACAGGUGGAUAAACAAAAGCCAGUGGAAGGGAUGGCAGAGGGGGCUUUCACACAGAUUAAAUGCAGCUCUGAUAUAUUUAUUGGUGGAGUCCCUAAUUACGAUACUGUGAAGAAGAACUCGGGAAUCCUGAGGCCUUUCAGUGGGAGCAUCCAGAAGAUUAUCUUGAAUGACCGGGCAAUAGACAUGAAACAGGAUUUCACUUUUGGAAUCAACUUAGAAAAUGCUGCCCAUCCCUGCCUGAGCUCCCUGUGUGCAAAUGGAGGCAGCUGUGUUCCCAAAAAGGACACCUACAAAUGUGAUUGCCCUCUAGGCUUUGAUGGGCAGCACUGCCAAAAAGAGUGUGGAAAUUACUGCCUAAACAGCAUUACAGAAGCAAUUGAAAUCCCACAGUUUAUUGGUCGCAGUUACCUCACAUAUGAUAAUCCAGAUAUCUUGAAAAGGGUAUCAGGAUCAAGAACAAAUGUGUUUAUGAGGUUUAAAACCACAAUGAAGGAAGGUCUUUUGAUGUGGAGGGGAGACAGUCCCAUGAGACCUAAUAGUGAUUUCAUUUCUCUAGGCCUUCAAGAAGGAGCAUUAAUAUUCAGCUAUAAUUUGGGCAGUGGAAUUGCAUCCAUAACGGUGAACGGCUCUUUCAGCGAUGGCCGGUGGCACAGAGUAAAGGCUGUUCGAGAUGGCCAGUCUGGCAAAGUAACAGUGGAUGAUUAUGGUGCCAGGACUGGCAAAUCGCCUGGGAAGAUGAGGCAGUUGAACAUCAACGGGGUUCUCUAUAUAGGUGGGAUGAAGGAGAUCGCACUGCACACCAACAGGCAGUACCUGCGAGGCCUUGUGGGAUGCAUCUCCCACCUCACACUCUCCAUGGAUUAUCACAGCUCGCUCGUGGAGGAUGCAGCUGAUGGGAAGAAUAUCAACAUGUGUGGGACCAAGUGACAAGAGAGGAACCAUGGCGCGGAGAGCCCGUUGUGCACUUGCGUGUGUGACUGAAACCGCGCUGGCCACCACAGUCCUCUAU